UCAGGGAGCAGUGGGGAAAGCGUCCUCUUUAGGCUUCUACCGCUAGAUGGUCCGAAUGAGUACAGAUCCAGUUCCGAUGAAUAGUGGACGGCGUAGAUUCUGUCACGGACGCUUGUCGUCAUGAGGCUGUCAUCUCUGUUCGAAAGAGAUCGGUUCCGGAGAGGUCUACUUGGAGUUGCAUCGUAGGAAUUGAAAGGGUGGUUGUUGGUUGGGUGAUUUUUUUCCCCGUCGGCGAAGGUAUUGAUUCCAGGAUCCACCGGCGAAGGGUAAAGUGCAGUCAGACUCUGUUCGGAUGGUUGGUCGGAUUUCAUGGAUGAAUCUAGCAAACAACAAGUUUCGUUGAGGGGAGCGAGUGCCAAGGAGAUCACAAGAAAUGCCCUACUUGAGAAAGUCUCACAUGAAAGAGAGCUCCGCAGUUAUACCAGACGAGCUGCAGCUGUUGCUAUCUUUAUUCAGAAAGUCUGGAGGCGCUACAAUGUGACAAAGAAGGUGGCUGCAAAGCUCCAAGAAGAAUGGAAAGCUUUAGUGAAUCAUCAGGAUGUUUUGUUGAGCAGCAGAUGGGUUUCCAGCAGUUUGUUAAGGCCUUUUCUUUUCUUUAUUACUCAUUCGGCAACUGUAAAUCAGAAGCUAAGGGAAACAGAUAUUAAGUGCACACUGGUUUGCUUCAAAAUUCUAUUAGAAAGCAUAAAUUCAACUGCAUUAGAGAAAAACUUUUGUUCUCUGGCUUCUGGUACACAUGAGGAAAGAAGGACAUGGCUUUACCAAGCACAGAAGAUGAUUUCAAUAUGUUUGUUCAUUCUUGCUGAAUAUGAUAACACCUGUUCAGGGAAUCAAGACGGUAUUCUUCUCACUACUUUAGCAAUGCGCCUCGCUGUUGCUUUAACUGAUCCAAAAGGAUGGAAGAGUGCUAGUAAUGAGAAUCUCAGAGAUUCAGAUAGUGCAGUAAGAGAGUUAAUCAAAUGUACUGUAACUGGAAAAAGCCAAGUGUACAAUUCUAUUAGAAGAUACAUUAUUAGAUUGGAUGCUGGUUCUGCAUCACGAAGGAAUUGUGGUGUACAGACAGAUGACCGUUUUUUGAUUACUGCAAGUGCAAUAACUUUAGCCUUGCGGCCUUUUCAUGUUGUAAAAUUAGAUACAAAUUAUCCUUGCUUAUUCGAUGUUCAAGAUGCUGCAGUGCAGUACUGUAUACUUCUACUUACAAUUCCUUGGCUUUCUCAACGCCUUUCACCAGUUCUCUUACCUGCUUUGAAACAUAGGACCGUUCUCUCACCUUGCCUUAAAGUGCUACUGAUGUCAAAGGAGAAAAUAUUUUUGGAGAUGCCAAAGUUAGAUCUGUCAAAAAUACCUGGUUGCUGUACUGAAGUGAUUCCAUGUGUAGGUUGGGCUCUUGCAAACAUCAUAAACCUGGCAACAGAAAGUGUGAAUGACUCUGUUAAUCCUGGACGGUUUGCACAAGACCUGAAGUGUACAUUAUAUGUUCAUGUUGUUGGCAUCAUUGCAGAAAAUUUAUUGGUUAUGCUUGACAAUGUUGGAAAAACAAGGAAGGAGAGCCAUGAAUAUAUUGAUACUAUUGAUGAUUCUACAGAAGCUGUUAACCCAGGAGAUUUGGGAAAUGAAAUGAACAGGUCCUUGAAGAUAUCAUACAUAGACCUUCUUAAACCUGUCCAUCAGCAGUGGCAUCUUAUGACACUUCUGGCAAAGAUAAAUAAGGAUGUCUAUAUUCAGGGGAUUGGUACCUCUUCACCAAACCGGAGCCCCCCAUACCCUGGGAACUUGAGAUUUCUUGAUAUUUCAUAUUUUUAUUCUUACAUGCUGAGAAUAUUUUCGUCCUUAAAUCCUAUAGGUGGCCCCCUGCCUGUUUUGAACAUGCUAGCUUUUACUCCUGGGUUUCUUCUAGAUCUAUGGGGAGCACUUGAAAUUUCUAUUUUUGUGGGAAAAAAUCACAUUUCUGUGGGUGAUAUGCCAUUCAGAAGUGGAACAUCUGGUAGUCAAAAUGAUGCAAGCUUUGAGAAGAAACAAAGAAAGAUCCCAAAAGAUACAGGAAAUAAAUGGGCUACCGUACUACAAAAAAUCACUGGCAAGUCACCAUUGGACAUGGAUCAUACUCAUUCAACUGAUGACCCACCUAAGCUUGAUCAGCUCGAUGGUGAUCCUUGUGACUCAUGGGAUAUUGAGCCUCUGAGGCAGGGUCCACAAGGUAUUUCAAAAGACAUGGCUUGCCUGCUGCAUCUGUUCUGUGCUACAUAUUCACAUCUAUUAUUGAUUCUUGAUGACAUAGACUUCUAUGAGAAACAGGUUCCCUUCAAGCUGGAGCAGCAGAGAAGAAUUGCAGCAGUGCUCAAUACAUUAGUUUAUAAUUGCUUUUCUCAUAGUAAUGGCCCACAAAAUACACCAUUGACGGAGGCUGCAGUGAGAUGCCUCCAUCUCCUCUAUGAAAGGGAUUGCAGGCAUCCGUUCUGUCCUCCUGACUUGUGGCUUUCACCUGCUAGAACGAGUCGGCCUCCAAUUGCAGCAGCUGCAAGAGCUCAUGAAGUGAUAUCUGCUAAUCUGAGAUCAGGGRAUGCUUUAACUAUUCCAAGCAUGGGUUCUGUUAUCACAACCAUUCCACACGUAUUUCCAUUUGAAGAACGGGUUCAGAUGUUUAGAGAAUUUAUCAAGUUGGACAAAGCUUCUCGAAGAAUGGCAGGUGAAGUGGCUCGACCGGGUCCAGGUUCAAUAGAGAUAGUAGUUCGCCGGAAUCAUAUAGUUGAAGAUGGAUUUAAGCAGUUAAACACCCUUGGGUCAAAGCUAAAAUCAUCGAUACAUGUUUCAUUUGUCAGUGAAUGUGGCCUUCCAGAGGCUGGCCUGGACUAUGGUGGUUUGUCCAAAGAGUUCUUGACUGAUAUCUCAAGAACAGCUUUUGACCCUGAGCAUGGAUUGUUUUCUCAGACCUCAACUUCAGAAAGACUUUUAAUUCCUAAUACAGCAGCGAGGUUUAUGGAGAAUGGGAUCCAGAUGAUUGAGUUCCUUGGGAGAGUUGUUGGGAAAGCACUUUAUGAAGGAAUAUUAUUAGAUUAUUAUUUUUCACACGUUUUUGUACAAAAGCUUUUAGGCCGUUAUAGUUUUCUUGAUGAACUAUCAACAUUAGAUUCAGAGCUGUACAGGAAUCUUAUGUAUGUAAAGAAUUAUGAUGGUGAUGUCAAAGAACUCUCCUUAGAUUUCACAGUUACUGAGGAAAUACUAGGCAAACGGAUUGUCACUGAGCUUAAACCCGGUGGAAAAGAUGUUGCUGUCACAAAUGAGAACAAAUUGCAGUAUAUUCAUGCCAUUGCAGACUAUAAACUUAACCGUCAGAUAUUGCCUUUGGCAAAUGCAUUUUACAGAGGGUUGAUUGAUCUGAUAUCACCAUCCUGGUUGAGCUUAUUUAAUGCAAGUGAAUUUAAUCAGUUACUUUCUGGUGGAAACCAUGAUAUUGAUAUUGAUGAUUUAAGGAAUAAUACUCGAUACACCGGUGGUUAUUCUGAAGGGAGUCGGACAGUCAAACUCUUUUGGGAGGUCAUUUCUGGAUUUGAACCGAAAGAGCGUUGUAUGCUUCUAAAGUUUGUAACUAGUUGUUCUCGAGCUCCACUACUUGGAUUCAAGCACUUACAGCCAGCCUUCACUAUUCACAAGGUUGCAUGCGAUGUGCCUCUUUGGUCAGCAAUUGGAGGGCAGGAUGUGGAUCGGCUUCCUUCAGCAUCCACUUGCUAUAAUACACUCAAGCUUCCAACUUACAAACGACCCAGCACCUUGAGGGCAAAACUUCUCUAUGCCAUCAGUUCUAAUGCAGGAUUUGAACUUUCUUAGGAGAAUUGGAACCCCAGUGCUGGUUCUGGUGAUGAACUUUGGCUCUGUUUUCUGCCGUUUAGUUUCAGUCUCCUUGUAUAAUGAGAAAUUGAUAUCUAGAUUUUGCAAUGUUGAACCACAGUUGUCUGUAAAUGUCAUAACAUGGCAGUUUUCCUCUCAAGCUGGUGCUCAGAUUGCCUAUC